UUUGUUUUUUUCAAUGUAGAUAAAAGUCAGAUAAGUAUCUGACUGGCCUGAGGUUAAUACUGAGUUUUUGCUGUUUAUAGCUUUACAUGCCAAUAAGAAUCUCAUUGGUUGAACAAAAAACUGUCAGAAGCAGAAUUCACACAUUCAUCGUCAUGUGUGAAGACUGUUAUUUGGUAUUGCUGCUUAUUCAUUCGUGAACACGGAAUGUGUUCUAUUUGUGAGGAAAUUACACCCUUUCUCACUUCUACUGCAGCGUCAGUGAUCAGAUGAGACCAUGAAGGUGAGAGAGUAUUUCUCUGGUGUCUGGAUAUUGUGCCGCUGCUGCUGUCUUGUCUGUGGCAGAGGUCAAGGUGUGUGCAGUGUAGGGAAGCUCAUUACCAGACUCUAUUUAACCACAGAACUACAGUCUGAAAUCCUGCUGCCGUGCCUUUUUGAAGCAGCUCUCACUGGAUCAAACCUGGACAGGAGUUCAGUUGCUGUGUGGUCUCAGAUUACUGAAACCACUGACAUCAUUGUAGAGAUCCAAGUACAUGGUACUGAAAGAAUCUGGAAUAAUGGACACAAUAGAAUUACGGCAUUCCGUGAUGCUGCUGCUGCCUCUGGAAACUUCUCCAUCCUGAUUAGAGAUGUGCAGCUGUCUGAUCUGGGGCUCUACCGCUGUGAACUCUUCAGAGAUACCAACUGUUCUCUGGGCUAUAAAGAGAUAGAAAUCAGUCUGGCUGCUGUUGAAUUAUCACCGCUCAAUAACUGGCAGCUCAUAGUUGCAGCAGGAGGAGGAGGAGGAGGAUUUCUGCUUCUCUGUCUGAUCACUGUGUGUGUUUACUGUACAUGGACAAAACGUCCAGCAGUUGAUGCGCUGACCUACACAACAGUUGUCUAUGAGGGACUGAUAUGAAAGCAAGAGUGCAUUUAUAUCAUAAUUAAAUACAAUGAUACAGUAGCCUGUCAUUUAUAAACAGUACUGUGUGUAAAAUGCAUUG